AUGGAAUCCAACGAAAAAUUGAAGUCACCGGCACUGAAUUUGCCUAUGCCCAUGCCGACGAACCUGGAGUUCCCCGUGAAUGAACUGGCGUCUUCGCCUGACGCCUUGAUGCCUGAACUAUCACUUCCGGCAGAGGAUCAGGCGAGACUUGAGGAGGAUACGUAUGUGCCAGAAGCACAGCAACAGCAGUACGCUCCAUACAGCGAGCUCAGAGCGCCAGGACAAUUUCCCGACAGUGAUGAAGAAAAUGAAAAUGGUGACACGAUGCUGUCGUGGGGAUUGUCACAUAUCCCCAUGCUCAAGACCUGGGUUAGAGGCAACAACUACCACCCUCAUCCAUAUUCCCAACUUCCUGGACGACAAUACCACUCGGAAGGCACUUAUACCGACACGGAUAAUCAUCCAACCGAGUCUGAGGUGGAUAUUGACACGACCCCCGACGAAUUUGACGAGACGAACGACGGGAAAGAAAAUUACUUUACCUAUACCCCACAGCGUAGCCGCCGACGCAAGCAUUGGCAUAGCGGUACGCCGCUCAGUGUCCCAUGGCAUCGAUCGCGCAAAUCCAAGCCUGGAAAAGUGGAGUGUAGCUUUACAAAACCGUCCAACACCAAGGACCAUACGUGGAACGUAAUCAAUGCUUCUGACGCACCCCUGGCCUCUGCAGCGAACGGCAAGUCAGCCGUACCGAUCCAUACUGGAAACCAAGCCGGACACUGCAAUAUCAGACGGCGAUUGCAAGAGCUCGACGAAUUGGAGAUCAAUACGUUCCUACGCAACUUUAGUCGCCACACGCGUGAAGUGCGCCUUCUCGGAAACACGCAGUACUUUUCUCGCAUGCCGCAAUGGUCUGACUUUGUCUACUCUGAUGAGGACGAGAGUCUUAGCGGGGGCGCAAACCAGCCGACAUUCGACCCGAACUCGUCGGAUCCGCACCGGCGGUCCAAGCUGUUGCUUCACAUUGACCGCGGCUUGCAACAAUUAAUUCCUGAGCCAAGCCUGCAAAGCUAUGUGACCGUAGAGCAUCCUCAUGUGCACAAACCGAAUUCGGUUGCGGGCGUGCCUGCAUCUGGGCCAAAAGCACCCGAACUGCGGCGUACUUCGUCGACGGGUGCCAUCGAGUCCGAACCCACCGCCGAGGUAAUACUGCCGAAACAACUUGAUCAUGGAAAAAGCACAGCGCUACUUGGAGUGGAGUACGACUUGCAGAAUGAACCGGAAGUAACCACUCGGUCCUUUACGCCUGCGCCUGCCGAAGCACUGGGCAGUGUGCCGUUGGACGAGCGUCCAAAAAAUAUAAAAUACACGCGGUUCGAUACGAAAAUCAAGCCAGAGCCUGAUUUAACUGUGCAGGACGAACAUGUAGACGGUGUCGCCUUCUGCAUUGCGUAUAUUCUUGCGUUCGUGGAGCGCUAUGCCCCAGACGAUCUGGAAGACAACCCUGUAACGGAAUACCGCGAAAGCCGUGCGCGCUCGCACAUUGAACGACUCUAUAUUAUUGCACCAUUCUGGGAGCAGCUUAUGAACGAAUUGCGCAAAUUGUACUGCUGGGAGAAUCCGAAACGCUCUGCAGCUGCAGCGAUGAUCUACUUUGUGCUGUGGUACACAAACCUCAUACCAACCGCCUUUCUCCUCAUGCUCAUUUACUUUGUGCUGCAGUUUCGGUACAUGCCGCCCGACGAGUCGUACCUGCACCAGCGUGUGCAGCACCGAAUGCAGCGUGGUAUUGACGCCAAUCGUCUCUCUGAGCGCUUGAAACGCAGCAGCCGUCUGGAUAUUUUGGACGUGUACAAACGCUGGCGAAAUACGUACGGUGUCACUUCGCAAGUCAUGACGGGCGACUUUGCAGACUACCAUGAAAAAAUUAAAAACAUUUUGCUUUGGCGCAAUCCCGCGGCAAGCCAACGUACCCUGGUCCAGCUUGUUCUUUCGUGUGCGUUUGUCACCUUUUGCUCCGCACACCUUGUAUUCAAAUUCAUCUUGUUUGUGAUUGGUUUCACCUUCUUUGCACUCAUGCCAUUGCAAACGCACUAUCCGCGCUACCGCCGCCCCUUGAAUCCUUUGUGGUGGAUUGUGCUGGGCUCGCCAACGGAUGCGCAAUAUGCCGUCAUGCUUCUACGCCAGCGCCAUUUGCGCUACAAUGAACUGCUAAAUGCUAACAAUAUGCCAGCACAGGACGAAACACCGGUGGCAGAAAUGGCGACGCCCUCGUCGCCCAAUGAGCUGCGCGAUGAACUGGUUAGCGAGCCGCAGACGCCCGAUCUCCAUCCAGCCCAAAGCCAUGGGAUGCACUUUUUUGCACACCACGACAAAGAGGCUUCCUCGGACAAAAUCGGCAGCUUUUUGUGCCAGCACCGCGGCGUGCCUGGCCAUUUGAUCGUGACCAUAACGGAGCUCUACUUUACUCCCAUGCAUGGACUCGGGGAUAAGAAACAGUCGGUCACACCACUUGACUCAGUCCUGGGCCUGCGCAAAACCAGCAGCCUGCGGUUCUGGUUGUGGAGCAGCAAUGGCCUCAAUAUCUCGCGGCGAGAGCGACGCACACUGCGCUUGGCGAACAUGAUGCGCCGUGAUGAUUGCUUUAAUCUACUAUUGGCGCUAGGUUCCGAGGUUUGGCGUAAAGUAUAA